ACCAGGCACACCGCAGAAGCCGCACAGGGAGGAAAACUUGGAAGCGCAGUUGCGCGCGCUUUUGCGAACUGCGUUGCGUGUGUCGCUGUUUGCGCGUCCAGAAGGUGAUGGAAGCGCUCCGUUCCCUUUUGGCUGGAGGAGAAGGAGGGUUCGAGACGCGGUCAGCGCCGGUGUAGCAGCAACAAGAGACACUUCAUGGCAUUCGAUUGCGCUCGGACCAAACGGACGCCCCCCAUUGAUUCUUUUUUCUUGCGUUUUUCUAGCGAUCUUCGUCGCAAUCGGGUGUCUGUGAAUUUCGAUUGACGUCCUGUAGCGCUCGGCAGAUCGUGGCAUUUGGAUGGUGGCGAAGAAACCUGCUUCUCUUCUGUUCGGACCCGGUCCUUUCCUUCGGAGCAAAGCCCACUAGACGAGAUGGCCCGCUUCGGGGACGACGUUCCCGGCUUGCUGGGAGCCGCGGACGGGGGUUCGGAGCGCAGCCGGAGCCGCGAUGGAGCGCCGGUGUCCACAGGUGGGGUGUCGCCCGCCUUCAAGCAGACGAAAGCGCAGAGAGCGCGCACCAUGGCGCUCUACAACCCGAUCCCCGUGCGCCACAACUGCUUCACCGUCAACCGAUCGCUCUUCAUCUUCGGAGAGGACAACGUGGUGCGCAAAUACGCCAAGAAGAUCAUAGAGUGGCCUCCGUUUGAGUACAUGAUCCUGGCCACCAUCAUAGCCAACUGCAUCGUUUUGGCUCUGGAGCAGCAUCUGCCUGAAGACGACAAGACCCCCAUGUCCAAGAGACUGGAAAAGACAGAGCAUUACUUCGUUGGGAUAUUUUGCUUCGAAGCAGGAAUUAAAAUCGUGGCUUUGGGGUUCGUGUUCCACAAAGGCUCAUACUUGAGGAACGGCUGGAACGUCAUGGACUUCAUAGUGGUGGUCAGCGGAAUUCUGGCCACGGCAAGCUAUGAAUUGAAUAUCUCUUUGGACCUGCGGACCCUGAGGGCAGUGCGAGUGUUGAGACCCCUCAAACUUGUAUCGGGGAUCCCCAGCCUGCAGAUCGUCCUUAAGUCCAUCAUGAAAGCCAUGGUGCCCCUGCUGCAGAUUGGGCUGCUGCUCUUCUUUGCCAUCCUCAUGUUCGCCAUCAUUGGCCUCGAGUUCUACAGCGGCAAGCUGCACCUCACCUGUGCGCCCCUGCCCAACAUCAGCGAAAAUAAUACUCUGGAUCCGUCAGAGUACAAAUUUCCCUGUGGGAACAGGAAAUGUCCUGAGCAGUACAACUGCAGCAGUGUCUGGAUUGGGCCCAAUGACGGGAUUACGCAGUUUGACAACAUCCUCUUUGCCGUCUUGACGGUCUUCCAGUGCAUCACCAUGGAGGGUUGGACCCCCGUGCUCUACAAUACCAAUGAUGCCUUAGGCCCUUCAUGGAACUGGCUGUACUUUAUCCCCCUGAUAAUAAUAGGAUCCUUUUUUGUGCUGAACCUGGUGUUGGGAGUUCUCUCAGGGGAGUUUGCCAAGGAGAGGGAGCGAGUGGAGAACCGCAGGGCUUUUAUGAAGCUCCGCAGGCAACAGCAGAUCGAGAGGGAGCUCAACGGCUACCGUGCUUGGAUUGACCGUGCAGAGGAGGUGAUGCUGGCAGAAGAGAAUAAGAAUUCUGGAACUUCAGCUUUAGACGUUUUGAAAAGGGCCACCAUCAAAAGGGGCCGCAUGGAUGCUGUCCGACACAGACCGGGAGAGGACCAAUACGCCGACAUUUCUUCCGUGGGCAUUCCGAUGACGAGGGCCAGCAUUAGGAGCACCCGCCGGGGGCCCACUGCCUACCUGCGGCGCAAGGAGCGCAUGCUUCGCAUCUCCAUCCGACGCAUGGUGAAGACGCACACCUUCUACUGGACCGUGCUGGGCCUCGUAGCCCUCAACACACUCUGUGUGGCCAUCGUGCACCACAACCAGCCCCAGUGGCUCUCAACGCUCCUCUACUAUGCAGAAUUCAUUUUCUUGGGUCUGUUCCUCUUGGAAAUGCUGUUGAAAAUGUACGGCCUGGGACCCAGACUUUACUUCCACUCCUCCUUCAACUGCUUUGACUGUGGGGUGAUUGUAGGCAGCAUCUUUGAGGUGAUGUGGGGAGUCUUCCGACCCGGAAUGUCCUUUGGGAUCAGUGUGCUGCGGGCACUCCGUCUGCUCCGAAUUUUCAAGAUCACCAAGUACUGGGCUUCCCUGCGGAACUUAGUGGUGUCCCUCAUGAACUCCAUGAAGUCCAUCAUCAGCUUGCUGUUCCUGCUCUUCCUAUUUAUCGUGGUCUUCGCUCUGCUGGGCAUGCAGCUCUUCGGUGGCAGGUUCAUCUUCGAUGAAUACACACCUACUCAUUUUGAUACCUUUCCAGCUGCCAUCAUGACCGUUUUUCAGAUACUGACUGGUGAGGACUGGAAUGAGGUGAUGUACAAUGGAAUCCGCUCCCAGGGCGGAGUGAGCAAAGGCAUGUGGUCCUCCAUAUACUUUAUUGUGCUCACACUGUUUGGGAACUAUACUCUACUCAAUGUGUUCUUGGCCAUCGCCGUGGACAACUUAGCCAAUGCCCAGGAACUCACCAAGGAUGAAGAGGAAGAAGAAGAGGCUUUCAACCAGAAACAUGCCUUGCAGAAGGCCAAGGAGGUUGGCCACAUGUCCUCUCUCAUAUCUUCAGAGAGGAGAAGGAGGCCCUAUCUGUACAGAAAACGAGCCAUACACAGGAGCAGGCCUGCCUACAUUAUGGAGGCUGCAGUGGAGAGCCUGUCACGGGAGCCACACAGCAGGGCAUUCAAUGCCUCUAACUCUUUCAUGUCCAGGAGGGAGAGGAGAAGACGAAUGACCAUGUCCGUGUGGGAGCAGAGGACCAGCCAGCUGCGUAGGCACCGGCAGAUGUCGAGCCGCGAGGUUCUCUACAGCAACCCCAAGGAGGAUCUAGAUUCAUCCCUCAGCUGCCACCAUCACCACAAGCCUACACAGACAGAUAGCCUGCGGUGCUUGGCUGAGCCCCCUGGGCCCAUGGCCGCGACGCUUCCGGAACCUCCACUGCCGAUUGACAUGCCUCUGGCCGAGAACCGCACCUCCACGCCCAUGCUCCUUCCAGAACCCCCUGUGGACACGAGCAUGCCCCUAUCUGAAACACCAGAGCCAGAAAGACUAUCUCUACCAGAGGCCAAACCGGGAAAUCACCGCCACUCAGCACUGGAUGGCCCAAGGAGCCCCCGGCUGAAUGGGGAUAGGAGGCAGCGAGUGGCACGCAAGGUCCGGCCACCUCCAGGAGACACCCUGGCACCUGACACCGGCAUCCGGCCAAGGAGGUAUCGCCACCGUGAGCCCCAGUCUGAGACAGAAGGACUCUCCCCACACAGCGAGAGCAGCCGUUCUAUCAGUCGGGAGAGGGGCAUCCCUGGUGACGCAGAGGAAAAAGAGAGCAAAUCUGGCAACCAGGGGGAAAGCAGCCAACCAGAGAAAGUCGAGGCGAAACACAGGUUGAAUGGCACUGAGUUCCCAGGUUGUCCCGAACCUCUCGACUCCAAGCCCGUGGUAGACUCUCCCCCAGAGCAGGACAAGGAGCUGGCAGAGCCCAUAGCUGUGCACCCAACUACUCUUCAGCCCCUAAAGGACCCCACAUCAGAGGUUCCCAACGUGACAGGAGGCAAAGCUGAUUCCCAGGAUCAUCCUGCAUCCUUGAACCAGGAGAAGUCUCCCCUAAACCCCAGCAUAGUGAUUGAGGUGACGGAUGUGCAGUCAUCCAUGGAACUGACUCCAAUCACAGCAAACAGUAAGGAUGUGGAAGCCAGCAAGACUGAGAAAGAGGAAGAGGAUGGCCCUAAGCAGCCCACAGCAGCUCCACCAAACAGCAUGUUUAUCUUCAAACCCGACAAUGCCAUUCGAAAGGCAUGCCAUUAUGUAGUGAACCUACGAUACUUUGAAUUGUGCAUCCUCCUGGUGAUUGCUGCCAGCAGCAUAGCCCUAGCAGCAGAGGAUCCUGUGUCCACCAACUCUGAGUGGAAUAAGGUCUUGCGUUACUUUGAUUAUGUAUUCACCGGAGUAUUCACCUUUGAGAUGAUUAUUAAGAUGAUUGACCAAGGUCUGAUAUUGCAUGACGGGUCAUACUUCCGUGAUCUGUGGAAUAUUCUGGACUUCAUUGUGGUGGUGGGAGCUCUUAUUGCCUUUGCCCUCACGAAUGUCAUGGGAAAUAACAAAGGCCGUGAUAUAAAGACCAUCAAGUCCCUCCGUGUUCUCCGGGUCCUGCGUCCUCUGAAAACCAUCAAGAGACUUCCGAAGCUAAAGGCUGUAUUUGACUGCGUGGUGAACUCCCUGAAGAAUGUCUUCAACAUUCUCAUUGUCUACAAGCUCUUCAUGUUCAUCUUUGCUGUCAUUGCUGUGCAGCUGUUUAAGGGAAAGUUCUUCUACUGCACUGAUGGAUCUAAGGACACACAGAAGGAGUGCCAGGGCUUCUAUAUUGACCAUGAGAAGGACAAGAAGGAGGUGAAGAAGAGAGAGUGGAAGAGGCACGACUUUCACUAUGACAACAUUAUCUGGGCCUUGCUCACCCUGUUUACGGUGUCAACGGGAGAGGGCUGGCCACAAGUUCUGCAGCACUCCGUGGAUGUGACGGAGGAGGACAGGGGGCCUAGCCGUGGGAACCGUAUGGAGAUGUCCAUCUUCUAUGUGGUCUACUUUGUGGUUUUCCCAUUCUUCUUUGUCAACAUCUUUGUGGCCCUCAUCAUCAUCACCUUCCAGGAGCAAGGAGAUAAGAUGAUGGAAGAGUGCAGUUUGGAGAAGAAUGAGAGGGCUUGUAUAGACUUUGCCAUCAGCGCCAAGCCCUUGACUCGCUACAUGCCCCAGAACAGGCAAACGUUCCAGUACAGGCUGUGGCACUUUGUGGUCUCUCCAUCAUUUGAGUACACCGUGUUGGCCAUGAUUGCUCUCAACACUGUAGUCUUGAUGAUGAAGUACUACUCUGCACCUGCAACUUAUGACACAGUCUUGAAGCACUUGAACACAGCCUUCACCGUGCUCUUUUCCCUCGAGUGUGUCCUGAAGAUCUUGGCCUUUGGUUUCAUAAAUUACUUCCGAGACACUUGGAAUAUAUUUGACUUUAUUACUGUCCUAGGCAGCAUUACAGAAAUAGUGGUUGACCGUUUGUCAUUGAAAAUGUUCAACAUGAGCUUCCUGAAGCUCUUCCGGGCUGCUCGACUGAUCAAACUGCUGAGGCAGGGCUACACCAUCCGCAUCCUGCUGUGGACUUUUGUCCAGUCCUUCAAGGCAUUGCCUUAUGUGUGUCUACUCAUUGCCAUGCUGUUCUUUAUAUAUGCAAUUAUUGGGAUGCAGGUGUUUGGAAACAUCAAACUGAGUCAUACAAGCCACAUCAACCAGCACAACAACUUCAAAACUUUCUUCGGUGCCCUCAUGCUCCUGUUCAGGAGUGCCACUGGUGAGUCCUGGCAGGAAAUCAUGCUAUCUUGCCUCGGGGGUCAAGACUGUGAGCCAGACCCCUCCAUUGAACAAUCUCCGGAUUCUAAUGAAGACUGCGGCACCGACUUUGCCUACUUUUAUUUUGUCUCCUUUAUAUUUUUCAGCUCUUUUCUGAUGCUGAACCUCUUUGUGGCCGUGAUCAUGGACAACUUUGAAUACCUGACCCGAGACUCCUCUAUCCUGGGUCCGCACCACCUGGAUGAGUUUGUGCGGAUUUGGGGGGAAUAUGACCGUGCAGCAUGUGGAAGGCUUCAUUAUAAGGACAUGUACAAAGUAGUGCGAACGAUUUCCCCUCCUCUGGGCUUUGGAAAGAACUGCCCUUACAGGGUGGCGUGCAAGCGAUUGGUGCUCAUGAACAUGCCUGUGGAUGAGGAGAUGUCUGUCCAUUUCACUUCCACCCUGAUGGCUCUGAUUCGGACAGCCUUGGAGAUCAAAAUAGCCAGAGGUGGUGAGGACCGAGGCCAAAUGGACAUUGAGCUACAGAAAGAGAUCAGUGUUAUUUGGCCACAUCUUUCCCAGAAAACUCUGGACCUCCUUGUUCCCAUAAAUAAAGCCAGUGACAUGACAGUUGGGAAGAUCUAUGCCGCCAUGAUGAUCAUGGACUACUACAAGCAAAGCAAAGCCAAGAAGUUAAGGCAACAGCUGGAGGAACAGAAACAUGCUCCAAUGUUCCAGCGGAUGGAUGCAUCCUCACUCCCUCAGGAUAUCCUGACCAAUGCCAAAGCCCUGCCUUUCUUGUCCCCCAGUGCUGGAUCAGCCCUAACAAGGGGAGCAUUUAUGGCCCUCAGUCCAAUCUCCCCCCAGGAUAUGUUUGUGCAGCCUGACAGGACGCCUGACAUGGAGGAAAAGGAUGACUUCCACUGCCACCAUCACCGUCUUCAUCACCACUACCUGGUGCCGGAGAGCAAAGACUUUAAUCGCAUCCUUUGCCCUACUGUCAGGCAGGGUGCUCCACUCGAGGUACCGCUGAGGGGGGUGUCUAUCCGAGCCUCCUCUAUGCCUCGGCUGGCAGUAGAACCACAGAUGACCAACAGCAGCUCUAUGAAACGUUCCUUUUCUACUAUUGGUGACCAGUGUGCCAACGGACUCUGGCAGGACGAGUUCUCCCUUGAACGAGUCAGUCCUGACAGACUGUAUAGACCACGACAAAGGAACUACACAGGGGCUGACCUCCAGGAUCAUGGAGACAGGGAGCGAGGACGCUCCAAGGAGCGACGACACCUUCUCUCUCCAGAUGUGUCACGUUGCAACUCAGAGGAGAGGAGCCGGCACCAAUCGAGGGAACGCAGACAGUCUCGGUCGCCCAGUGAGGGACGGGCUCCUACCUCACACAUACAGGCAAAUAGCUCAGACAGCCCAGUGCCAUCCAUCUCAGAGUCCGGUACACCCCGCAGCAGACGUCAGCUGCCCCAAACACCCACUCGUCCUCGCCCCCACAUCUCCUACUCCCCUCUGGUGUGCCGUGCCCACCCCACCACGCCAUCGGACAAUGGGGGCAGUCCACGGACUCAGGACGGCAGGGAAAGUGAUUUCUCCUCCUGGGAGGUCAGGGGUGCAGCGUCUGCUGGAGGCCAUGGAAACAGGGGGAGUCAGCACUCCACUCCUCAGCACUACAUCUCUGAGCCCUACCUUCCCUUCCAUGAGGAGUUCCACAGCCCAGACUCUGGUGGGCAGGAGGAGACUCUCACUUUUGAGGUGGCAGUGGCAACAAGUCUGGGACGUUCUACCGUCACAAACUCGGCACCACCAUUCCGACACGCCUGGCAGGUGCACAAUGGCCACUUCCGAAAACAUCUUGGACAGUCCGGUUCAGCAGUCGGCCGCGAGUUCAUCAGUGACAGUGAUGAGGAUGACCGCUGCUAGGAUGUGCAGUGAGGUGGGACGCUUAGCGAAAAAGAAAGAGAAAAUGCCAGAAAGGAAGAAAGUUUUCAUGGCCUCCGUGCACAAGUGCAUGCUCUGUGUUUGCCAGAAUUUCCAGGAAAUACAAAGGGUGAAGAAAGACAGAAUGAUUUUUUUUUCCCAGUUAAAGUAACACCCCUGUGCUUGUUGCAGAAUUAGAAAAACACAUUGUAAACAGAAAAAAAGGUGUAUCAUCAGGCCAGAAAUACCAAAGGGUCAAUUUUCUGUGCCUCUCGGUUUGGUUUCUGUGCCAAACUAAACCGGAUGCAGUAUGGUCAUAGAGUUGGAUCAGAAAAUGCAAUGCUGUUUAAGCAGGGCACUUAACCUAAACUGCUCCGUUAAAAGAUCCAUUUAAAUGAAUGGCGAUACUUUUAAGUCACUUUGGAUAAAUACGUCAACUGAGAAAUCAAUUCGCAGUUGAAACUGUAGUCAUGGUUAUUUUAUUAUAAUUUAAAUUUAGAAUGUUUUACGAAAAGUUGACUCAUGGCAAAAAUAAAUAGUAAAACAUGUGCAAAUAGGUAUGCUGAGAUUUUCAAGUAGCACAUUUUCCAGGCCACUGAUACGCCAUAAGUUUCAUCGCCGCAAAACGUGCUCAUAAAACAGUGAAAGUGUAGCACGGCCAUAAUUUCAGUUUUAGGAAGCUUAUAUUUUCAGAUAUGCAUUGGUCGCCCCAGACACCUUCCAUCUUGCACUUGGAGCUCCUCCCAGACUAUGAAAUCUAUCUAAAAGUCAUUGGUAAGUCAUUUGUGGGAGAUGUGUGUAAAUUGAAAAAUGGUUGCUGAUUCAAAGCCCAUGGGGGUCUCCUUUUUCAUCUUUAUGAAGGUACCUGAACCAGAAUAGCUUCAGUAAAAGUCCUCCUAUGUAACAACUGAAGUCUGCUAGACAAAGGAAUAUUAUAAAAUAAUUAGGUGUGAAUUGGUGCACACCCCACACCCCAUGUCGCUCUGAAAGGAACAACUAUUGAAGAACAAAAGAGGAAUUAAAACUUGACUGCAGUAGCAUAAUCAUUCCAAAUGGAAGCAGUGCCUGAUUUAUUGACUGUGACGGCAAAGGCAAAACAAAUGUACUGUUAUCAGGCUGGAUCGCAGACACGAAAUUCAGUGCUCUGUAUGUCAUUGCAGCGGAGUUAUAUUUUGUUAGUCUUGUAUAAGAGUCAUCCGUCUUUCGCACACUUUAAAACAGUCCUUUUGUUCAAGUUCAAGUUGUAGCUGCAGUGCUGAGAGCCAAGUUAAGAGCAGCCUUCCUCCUCCUGCCCCCAUCAUGCUGAUGUCCGCCUUGCACCGGUUCAGUAAAUGAGCAGUAUUGGCGCUUCUUGGCGCGUUACUUUCCUCUAGUACUUCUGCGCUGCCUUCUUCACUGAAGUCCGGUUUUGUUCCCAACCUGCUGAAAACAUAUUGGGCUUCAGUAGGAAAGAGACCAGGUGUUUGUGCAAUGUGUAAGCAGCCACAGUUGUGUGUUCAUGUACUGGAUAUAUACAUAUAGUUUUUGAAAAAGCCAUGGUUUUUCCUGUAUAUAGGAUACAAUGUUUCAGGGGUGUGUUGAUUUUUCUGUAACAAUAAUACCAGUAUCUGUCCAUAUAAUGAGAGCAAUUUUGAACAUUUACACAUACAAGGAGGUUUAGAGACAUUAUUCUUCUGUAUCAAAUCCUUCACCACAACAAUUGAAUAUUUACAGUUCAAAAACCAAUGGGUAAAAAUGGAAUAAACAUUUGUUAUUGCAGAUGAUUAUCUUGAAUCAACAUGUUGGCUUCUGAUAUGUUUAAAAGACAAAUCCCCACAUAUAAACAUGAAGAACUGUGCAGCUGAUUGAAAAAGUGGAGGCAUUAUUAUAUUUCCAGACCUCAUCGUCAUAUCGUUCAUUGAAGUAACCUAAUUCACUUUCCAUAGUUCAAAGUUAGGAUAAAGAAGAGCUGAACAGUAAGAAAUCAUUAAUUUUAUUUCAUUUUGCUGGCAUGGUGUUUGUAGCAGCAUAAUUAUAACUUUAAAAAUCUGUAAUUAUUUAGGUAUUGAAAAUGUUGCAGCGGUACAGUACAAAACAGCCCUUGUCUCAGAUAGAAACUGAAUAUUAAUCCUAGACCUUUUAUAGGUAACAGCCAACUGGGCUGGCUGAUCCAUAAUUUUUUUAAUUUCUACUGGAACGUGGCUAGUAGAGAUACAGAAUAAUUGUUACAGUACUUUCAGAGGGAAGUCCAGUGUCUGUGAUUUAGAACACUGCCAAACAAGAUGUCAUAACUCAACAUUAACAUACAUGACACAGGCUAUUUGUAGCAAGAAGAUACUCGAAUUUCUGCAAAAUAAUGCUGUACGUAUUUGGAGUUGGUUGCAAAUGCCGUUUGUUAAUAAAACAUGCAGCCUGACGUGGGAAAAUUGUGACCCUGAAAAUAUUUUGUUUAUUUUUUCUUUCAGCCCUCUAAUAUUUUGUAGGUGGAGUAGUUUUAAUAAUUGUUUGCUAAAUGUGAAAUGUAUGUUUAGUAGGGUCUCUUCAUAAGUGUGUAGUUUGUCUUUAAAUCAUAUACAUUAAUAUUAUAAUAAUUCUGUGCUGUGGGUCAUAAUUAAUAAUAAUAAUUCAUUUGUGUGAAUAGAGGCCCUAAAAGUUCCCAGAUCAUGGCAAUGAUAAAGAAAUGCAUAGGUUACCCACAAAAGGACUUGGUAACACUCACUAAAUUCCUGAGUACCAGUGUAACUGCUUUUGUCGAUCCAGUAUCUUAUUUUCAUCUGGCUUUUGGAAAGUAAAUUAAAUUUGUGAUUGUUGUUAAGCCUUAAUAAAUCAUGGUCAUGUCAGUCCAUCUCUGCCUAAAUUAAAAUUCAAAUCUUAAAAAAUCCAUGUAAUUCUCACAUCAUAAACGUGGAUUUUUGCAAUUAACUAUGCAUAUCUAUACAAUAAUAUUCAUGUAGUGCUGUUGAGGUCUAAACUGGACCUGUUGCUCUUUUCCUGCUAAAUUCCAUUAAGUGAACAAAAACCUUGCCAUGAUUUAAGAAGGUUAUUUAAUUUGACAUUAAUCUUAUCAUACCUUUUGUGGGGACAGAAAGCAUACAGAGAAGAUAAAAGUACCGGAACGGGUUUAUGCAGAAUCCUUUUCUCCACCAGAAGGCCUUUCUCUACACAUGGUGUCACCUAUGUAUUUACUGCUUAAUAGAGUAAAUUAAGUUCAUUUCAGAUUCUACCCUUUUCCAUGUGAAAUUCAAUCACACGGAGAAUGAAAUAAUAUUACAUUUAGGUGCUGAAGCCUUUAUUUUUAAUAUCUCAGCUGAUUACUGUAUAUUUUCUAUAUUUAAAAUUACUGGGUUAUAUUCAAUAUGGUUAAUGGUUAAUCAGUAGACUCUACUGCCUCUGCUCAGAGUUCAUUUAAAAUGUUGUAUUGAAAACAUGCAUCAAAAAAUAACGUUUUAGGACAUGUUAUUUAAAAAAAAAAAAGGUUUUAAGUUUUCAGGUGGAAGCCCACAUUUUAUCACUUCAAAGUCCAUAAUUCCCAGGAAUCAGUUAUAUAUCACGUAAUGUGGAGUAUUUUGUUUUGUGAAUGUUUCUGAGACGUUUGAAUAGGCAGUACUUGAUUCAUGUUUUAUACGAGGUCACAGUUUUGUGAAACAAAAACAUAAAGUUUCAUGUUCCACCUAAAAUUAUGGUACAGAAAAGCUUAUUGGUUCAUACAAACACACACACACACACAUAAAAUGUCAACAAAUUUUCCACUGUUUAUACU